AGUCGGGUCACAGAUUCUCACGGGUCGCCGAUCGCACUAUGCAAGUUACUACGCUCACAACCUCUUACGACUGUCUCAACCUAGAUAACCUUGGGUGCCAAAUCCACAUUCCUCCCGUCCCUUAUUCUUCGUAUCUCCCUUGCUUCAAGUCGUAUUACUACACCCUCCUAAGCGGGAGGUCCAAGUGCCUUACCAAGGCAGGCUUCGUUUCUGCCAUCCUUAGCGCAGGCUACCACGUCGAACUUGCUGGGGGAGGUCAUUACAAUGCUGCUGCUGUUCACGCUAAGGUUGCCGAGGUCCAAUGCUGCUCGUGAGAGCGCCAAGGGCAGGGGUCGAGAUAAAUACACAAAAAUAAGUUGUCGUGUUGGGUUGACCGUUUUUAGGUGUCGGUUUCGAAAAUGGGAUGGGUUCCGCCUUCCAGCGGUGUCAUAUCUCGGGGUGUUAUUCUGUCCUUCUCUCUUUCUCGUAUGCUCCACUCGCUGACAGAAAUCCUGCUACCCUCUCUAUUCCUUUCUCGUCCACCAGGAUGUAUGGAGUUGGUAUCACUUUGA